CUUAGUAGCCCAUAAUGAAGACACUUUUCGAUGGUUCUUGAUUGUGGCAUUACUUGCGUUGGCAUUAAUCAACACAAAUUGAUAGCAAUUUGUAAAAUCGAUUACCCAAUAGGUGAAUACCAAUGACACGCAAUGUGCAACUAAGUCGAGUUUUCGCUCUAUAAUUUUUUGUUCCCGACGGUACGUAACGUGGAGUCGUUUGACAUGCAGUUUUUGGGCAAAGAAGCGGUCAAGUAGGCCGACGCACCGAGCGUGGACGCGAUUUAUUAAGCGCCAGCAAUACGAGUUACCGUCUGACAGCUCUCUUGUAACAUGCAAAUCGGUUGCGUUCGCAAAGGAACCUAUUAUGCAGAUUACCGAUUAAAGAAUCGAUUUGUACCGCUCGCUGGAGCGCUUCCUGUCAUCACAAUUGAACCUUCAAUUACAGGCGGAUAUGAGCAUACGUAAUAAGGGCCUUACGGAAACUUCGCCCGUUCUUGAAUCAGCUUCCACUGGUCCGGGCUGCAAUGGACAACGAGCGCUGAUUUCUCGCGACCGCAGCCGCAAGGGAUGUGCGCGCAUCCGACAUGGUCUGAUAUCUCUUGCAAGCGUUUGUUCGAUUGCAACCCGCGCUUGCCGACGAUUAGUUUUUACUGGACAACCUAAUGAUAUUCAAAUAGGGCGGCAUCGGCCGGCUGUUUAGCAUUGUUAAUGUGAUGUUAAUAAUUUUCGUGGGGGUAUAAAAGUGCAAGCAUUUUUGUGUAAUGGAACAUAAUUGCAACGCACUGCGUGAUUUAGUGUCGUAUUGCAGCGAGCAUUAAAACAUAAAUUUAGCUAUGUCUCGACUUACGAUCUUAUUUGUCAUCGCAGUAGCGUAUGAGGUAGUUGGAGAAGGAGUUGCAAAGGAAAAGGCCGCAGACUCUCAACCAGAACAAUCUGGAUACUAUGGCACCGCUCUAGGCGCCGGCCACGGAAUUGGCCUCGCUGGGGCAGCCAUCGCUGGCGGUGCCGGCCUCAUCGCUGGCGGUCCUGGUAUCAUCGCCGCCGGCCCCGCCGUCAUUGCCGGUCCUGGUCUCGUCGCCGGUCCCGGUCUCGUCGCCGGUCCCGCUCUCGUCGCCGGCCCCGCCAUCGGAAGCGGAGCCGCCCUCAACAACGCCGGCUCCGUCGGUGCCGCCCAGCUUAGUGCCAUCCAGAACGCCCAGGCCGUCCAAGCCGCUCAGAUCGCCAACUCCGCCGCCGCCGCCAUCCAGGGUGCCCGUGUGACCGAGGCCGCCGCGAGGGCCGGACAGGCUAACGCCAUCACCAACGCCCAGGCUCUCGACGCCGCCCGCGUCGCCAACAUCCAGAGAGCUCAGGCCGCGGCCUGGGAGAACGCGAGGGCCAUCGAAGCCGCGAGACGCGCCGCCGCCGCCAGCGCCGCCGAGGUCGCCCGCGCCGUGGAGGCCGAGCGCCUGGCGCACGCCGCCCGAGUGCAGGCCGUCGCCAUCGCCAACACCCGCGCUGUUGAGGCCUCCCGCAUCGCCAACGCCGCGAGAGCGCAGGCCGCUGCUGUCGCAUCCAGCGCCGCCCAGGCUCAGGCUGUGGCUGACUCCGUCGCCAGGACCGCGCACGACGCCGGCGGCCUGCUGCUCGGCGGCGGCCCCGGCCUAGUCGCGGUCGGCGGCCCCGGCCUGGUCACCGUCGGCGGCCUCGGCGGCAUCGCCGGCGUCGGCCUGGGUUACGGCGCCGGAGUCGGCUACGGACACGGCUACGGCUACGGCAUCGGCAUCGGCAAACACUAAACGACAAAUUAUUUAUACCGACUCCAGUGAACUCUCCAUAGUCAAUACAACCAAAAUUCUACAUCCAUUUCGUUCUUUACACAGAAAUGGUUAGCGGCAUUCAGUAGAUUUGGUCAGGUGAUGUAAAUAUUAUUUUCCAAAAUUACGAUAGUCUAUGUCUUGUUAUAA